AUGGCGAAUCGAAAACAGAACCCGACAUUGGCCUCCAUCGCUCCGGUACCCAUCCAGAUUGUAGACCAGGCAAGUGGACAUGAGCAUUUCUCAUCUACGUCCCACAUCACCGAUGUGUUAGUGGGCGAUUACCAUCUAAUAGAGGGCGAUGGCAGUGGUCUGUACGUGGUUUGGGCCAUCCGAAUAGUGGUUGACGAUGCCAAGUACUCGCUGAUUGUGCUUUAUCGGCGAUACAGUGACAUUGAAGCAUUUCGGGCCAAAUUAGUCAAGGAGUAUCCGAAGGACAAUUUUCCUUUGCUUCCGCCUAAGGAUAAUUUCAGUAUGCAGCGGAUGUGGCUUCUGGAUCUGUGGCUUGAGACCAGGCGUAAGGGCCUUCAGUGGUUUCUUACCAAUGUACUACUUAAUCCUAAAUAUCAGCACUCUCCGGUAAUAACGAGUUUUGUAUUAGGAUAA